UAUUAUUUUUUUCAGCAACAACCAAUGUCAACCAAAAGCAAUCCAAUCGCAGAACGUUAUAAAAGAAUCUGAGCCGUCGGAUGACUCUCAUUCGGACAGCGGUUAUUUCGUCGACCUAAACAGUAAGCCAAGACCCUGUCCAAAUCUAACGGUCCGAAAUUAAGAUUUUUUCGAAGACAAAGAAAAAGAAAGCGAAAGAGAAAGACAAGAACCCAAAAAAAAUUAACCAAAAAAAAAAGAAAGAUAAGAGAGAGAAAGAGAUUUUUCACUUUCAUUUCUCAUUUUCCUGCAAAAAAAAAUCUAAUUUUUCGGUUCUUCUUUGCUCAAUCGAAAAAGGAAUUUGAAACGACGAGUCGUUUUUGUUUUUUUUUUUAUUUUCCUUUUUUUUUUUUUGGUAUUUUAUCCGAUUGAAAUCGGAGGUCGAGUUCUUAAAUUAAAAGAGGGCGAGGAGGAAGAAGAGAAGGGUGAUUUAAACGGUGUCGUUUUUUUUUAGGAAUUUACGUUAAUUUUAAUUUUAAGUUUAUAACUGUUUUAAUUAUGGGAUUGGGGAGUAAUGGUGGGGAUGAUGUGGUGGUGGAUGACGGUGAUGAAGGUGGUGGCGGCGGCGAUGGUGUCGAUUGCGGAAAUGGAGGGAAGUCUAUUGAUUCGGUUUCAUGCUCAAUUUGCCUCGAAACGGUUACUGAUGAUGGGGAUCGAUCGUGGGCUAAGCUUCAAUGUGGUCAUCAAUUUCAUUUGGAUUGCAUUGGUUCAGCAUUCAAUAUAAAGGGUGCGAUGCAAUGCCCUAAUUGUAGGAAAAUUGAAAAAGGUCAAUGGCUUUAUGCCAAUGGUUGCCGUUCAUAUCCAGAAUUUAAUGUGGAUGACUGGACACAUGAUGAGGAACUUUAUGAUCUCAGUUACUCUGAAAUGUCAUUUGGAGUUCACUGGUGUCCAUUUGGAAGCUUAGCACGACUUCCUUCAUCAUUCGAGGAAGGAGAGUUCUCGUCAACCGCAUAUCACGAGUUACUGGGACAGCAUGCCAUCUUUGCUGAACAUUCAGCAUCUGCUGCUCAUCCAUGUCCAUACGUAGCUUACUUUGGGCCAACAAUUCAUCCCUCAUCUUCAAAUUCCAGUGGAAGUGUUUCAGAUGGUUCUAGUUUCAACAGUCACUGGAAUGGUCCAUCAGUGCCUAGUGAGAUGUCUACAUCUUAUGCUUUUCCUGCAAUGGAUCUCCAUUAUCAUAGUUGGGAGCAUCAUUCCCCUCCAUUCUCCACAUCUAGCAGUCGAAUCAGUAGUUCUGAUCAACCUUCAAAUCCACCUGUUAGUCAAAGGUCCACCAGGAGCAGUUCUGAUAUGCCAAGAUCAGGAUCUUUUAUGCAUCCAUUUGUUGUUGGCCACAGUUCUGGUGCUAGAGCAGGGAGUUCAGUUGCUUCCUCAUUGAUCCCUCCUUACCCUGGUAGCAAUGCUCGGGCCCGUGAUAGAGUUCAAGCUCUCCAGGCAUACUAUCAACAACAACAUCCUAGCACUUCACCAGCUAUACGGACACCUAUUAUUUCUGGCUCCCGAAGGUCAAGCAGUCAUAGAAGUCAUGCUCAAGUUGGGCCAGCGGCCUCAUCAUCUGACCAGGUGGGUGGCUUCUAUUUCAUUCCAUCUGGUGCUUCAGGCCGUAACUUUCAAGAGGCGGAAAAUCCUCUAUCAACUCGGUUCCAUGCUUGGGAAAGAGAUCAUUUGCCUUCAUUUUCAAUAAACCAGGUUGACAGAGAUUCAGGUUGGGGUGUAUUCCAUCAGUCUGCUGGUGCUUCGGAUCCUGGCAUAAGAUCCAGCAGCUUCCGCCAAAGGCACGGAUCUGAAAGGCCAUCAUCGCAAAAUCGUUCAUAGUCUUUCUUCCUUUUUACCCUUUUGGGGUGAAGCAAACCUUUUCUAUGAAUGAAACCAAAAUGUUUAUGUAUGCUUGAGAGACGAUAUAUGAUGCUUGAGACUGCCGAUCCUGGCAGGCUGAAAAACUGUGAAGUGGCCCGGAAACAAUCUUUUUGGUAGCCACAUGCAGUGUGCUGGACUUUGGCUUUGAGGAUAUGAAAUAAAAUUUUUCAAAAAAAAAAAUUUGUUGGUAGAAGUGGGAUUUAAGCUA